AUGGAGAGGCACGAUGUUGUCUCGUGGACAACGCUGAUGCUCGGAUACAUCCAGGCGGAGCAAGCACCGGCUGCACUGGAUCUCUUCUCGCAGAUGCAGCAAGUCCAAGGCCUAGUACCCGACGCUCCAACUUACACCACUGCACUCCAGGCCUGCGGGAGCUCCAAGGCUCUGGAGACUGGAAGUGCCAUCCACCAGCAGAUCUGUCAUGCCGAGAUGGAAGCCGAGGUGGUCGUCGUGAACUCUCUGCUGGGCUUCUACAGACGGUGUGGCUGCAUGGUGGAAGCUUGUGAAGUUUUCAACUCAGCGGCCAGCACGGGACGUGACGCCGUAACUUGGAACGCGAUCAUCUCCAGCUACUGCCACCAGGGAGAUGUAGUCUCGGCUCCCAGGCUCUUUGAGCGGAUGCUGGAGGAUCACUGGCAGUGUACUUCAGCUUCUUCAGCUUCCCCUCCUUUGACAGCUCAAAGAACUCCUUUGACGCCUUCAGCCCUGCCUGUGGUGCGGCUUGCAAGUGAGUUGAUCCCGAAAGGAGCCUGGAUUGUGUGCUCAACUACCAUUCUACUUGCCCGCUUACGAGUCAGAUGCACAGACUCUCACGGGAAUGCCCACACAACUGUGUCUGAGCAGAGCAGCCAUGGAGCCCUAGGAGUGCAUGGUGUAACACCUGUCACCACGCCCUCUUCCCUUCACUUGGACAAAAGAGUUCCAAGCGGUGCUGGCUUUGGAGGUGGUAGUGGUAAUGCCGACUCAUGUCUUGAGACAUAA